AGCUGCAGCGCAGAUUUCAGGAGGCGCUGCAGAGUGUGAAGAUGGCCAAUGCCGUGGCUUCCUACGACCAGUUGGCCCACCAGGUGGAGGCGCUCCGAAAGGAGAACUCCCACCUGAGGAGGGAGCUGGAGGACAACUCCAACCACCUGUCCAAGCUGGAGACGGAGACAUUUGGCAUGAAGGAGGUGUUGAAACAACUCCAGAGUAAACUGGAGCAGGAGGCAGGAACUCUGGCAUCAUCUGGGAGGAGCGACGUGCUACACCAACUCAAAGAGCUCCACAUGGACCUCAGCAAUUACUACGAACUCAAACAUCAACCUCAUAACCUGAGGCUGCUGACAGGCAGUCUGGUAGGGGCGGGGCCAGGUGUUGGCGGAGUUGCAGAACUAGAUGAUCACCUGGCUCUGCCUCCGUCCUCGUGCUCCUCCUCCUCCUCAAUGGCAGCGGUGAGCAGAGCCAGGAGUCCACUCCGAGCGGCGUCCUGUCAGAGCACAGUGUCCGCCGGGAAGACUGCCGCUGUCAUGCUGCCGCAUCACUUCUUAGAUGGAGCCCCACCCAAAAUAGCUAUGAUUACCGGGGCAGACGGACGAGUGAUCGACCAUCACUUGGAGGAGCUGUGCAAGGAGAGGGACCUCCUGCUGGGGGAAAUCGACCGAGAGGAGAGGGAGCGCUGCUGGUUCUUCAGCCAACUCGAGGAGCUGUCUCAGAGACUGGCCCAGCUGCCACGCAUCGACACGUUUUCCCUACAGAUAGAUAUGAUCCGACAGAAGUUGGAGUUCGAUGCUCAGACGAUCCGGUCUGUGAUGGAGGAACGUUUCGGCACCAGUGAGGAGGUGGUUCAGAGGACGCAGAAGCGUGUUGCUCGUCUAGAGCAGCUGGAGAAAGAGCUGCAGGAAGCCCGAGGAAGUCAGGAGAGCCAGCUGCAGCUGUCCGGUGCUGAGAAGCCCCCUGCUGGAGAACCAGAGAACAGCAGCUCAUCAUCGGCUGCAGCAGCAGGAACAGAAGCUGCAGAUGGAGGCAGCAAGGUGGAGAUGGUCUUCUGGCUGCUCUCCAUGCUGGCUAACAGAGAUAAGGAGGAGAUGUCCCGGACUCUACUGGCUCUGUCCAGUUCUCAGGACAGCUGCAUCGCCAUGAGGAAGUCUGGCUGUGUCCCCCUUCUGGUCCAGAUCCUGCAUGAAGCCCCAGAUGGAGGCGCAGGUCCCAGUGAGACAGCAGCGAGUGGUGCUGCAACAGGCUGCAGUCGCGAGGCGAAGUCCAGAGCAAGCGCUGCCCUCCACAACAUCAUCUACUCGCAGCAGGAUGAGGGCCAGGCUCGCCGGGAGAUGAGGGUCCUGCACAUGCUGGAGCAGAUCCGGACCUACUGCGACAGUGGCUGGGACUGGAUUGAGAGCCACGCCGGGACACCUUCACCGGGAGGAACCAAAACCACAGAUAUUCCUGAACCCGUGGACCCGCAGAUCUGUCAGGCCAUGUGCGCCAUCAUGAAGCUCUCCUUCGAAGAGGAGUACCGACGAGCCAUGAACGAAUUAGGCGGUCUGCAGGUGGUGGCGGAUCUUAUCCACCUGGACCAGGAAAUGUACGGCACGCAGAACGACCCCAUCAACAUGGCUUUGCGUCGCUACGCAGGGAUGGCUUUGACCAAUCUCACCUUCGGGGAUGUCGUCAACAAGGCCACCCUGUGUUCGAAGAAGAGCUGCCUCCAGGCUUUGGUGGCCCAGCUGGCCUCUGACAGUGAGGAGCUCCAUCAGGUGGUCUCCAGCAUCCUGAGGAAUUUGUCCUGGAGGGCCGACAUCAGCAGCAAGAAAGUCCUCCGUGACAUUGGCUGUGUGUCUGCACUGAUGACCUGUGCACUGCAGGCCACCAAGGAGUCGACGUUGAAGAGUCUUUUGAGUGCACUGUGGAACCUGUCAGCUCACAGUAUCGACAACAAGGUGGCGAUCUGUUCAGUGGAUGGCGCAUUGGGCUUCCUGGUCAGCACACUGACGUACCGCUGUCAGACCAACUCGCUUGCCAUCAUCGAGAGCGGCGGUGGAAUCCUUCGAAAUGUGUCGAGUCUGGUUGCCACACGAGAAGAUUACAGGCAAAUCCUCAGGGAUCACAACUGCCUCCAGACUCUGCUGCAGCACCUGCGCUCCCACAGCCUGACCAUAGUGAGCAACGCCUGCGGGACCCUCUGGAACCUUUCAGCCAGAAGUCCAAAAGACCAGGAGCUGCUGUGGGACCUUGGGGCAGUUAGCAUGCUGCGUAACCUUAUCCACUCCAAGCACAAGAUGAUAGCCAUGGGCAGUGCUGCAGCUUUAAGGAACCUCCUCACCAAUCGACCGCUGAAAUAUAAGGAUGCUGCAGUUGUAUCCCCUGGCUCCUGCAUGCCCUCACUCUACAUGAGGAAACAGAAGGCUCUGGAGGCAGAGCUGGAUGCCAAACACCUCGCAGAGACCUUUGAUACCCUUGAGAAACAGAGCCCCAAACACCUGACCCUCAACAAGCCACUACGACACAUCGAGAGUCUGGCGAAGGAUUACGCAUCUGAUUCUGGUUGUUUUGAUGAUGACGAAGCUCCAAACAUCUCCAGUAGCCUGGACACUGGGAGCUUUUCCAUGCUGUCCAUGUUUCUCACCAACUCUAAUCUCCUUCAAAAUCAGCUUCGCAAGAGGGACAGUGAGCCCGAGAGAGACGUAGACCCGCCUCAGAUGGUUGAGAAGAAACAUGCUCCUCCUGAUGAUGUGGUCUCUGCUGCUGCAGAGAAGCUAGCAAAAAAGAUCACCAAUACAGUUGCCAAGAUUGACAGAUUAGUGGAGGAUAUCACCAUGCACACAUCCUCUGAGGACAGUUUGAGCCUGAGCUCUGAAGACCACUUGGCAGACUGGCCUUAUGGACUGGACGAACUCAAUGAAGCCCGAGCAAAGUCAUGUUCCCCCUGCCGUCUCUCUGAUACAAGCAGCUUAGCCCACAGGCUCAGCAGAGCCCACGCCCUCCUACGUCUCAAAACUGCCCAUACAAGUGUAUCAACAGAUAGUCUGAAUAGUGGCAGCACCAGUGAUGGGUACUGUGGCAGCAAAGACCAGAUGCGACCUGUGCCAAAAGCUCUAAUAAUGCAACAGCAACGACCCAACCAGCUUGACCUGAAGGUGGCUCAUCAAGAGUAUAUUAAUGUAGGACCUGCUGCAUUGAAUGAGAGUAACCAGCAAGAAAUCCCAGAGAGGGAUUCUGUUGAAAACAAAAAUGUGAAAGCUCUAGAGCUCAGCAGUGCAGACACAGAAAAGAACCAAGAUCCACCUGUACAAACCCCGGUCAGUGCAUCUACUAAAGUGUCCUCUGAUGUCAGCAUGACUUCAAUUAAACUGUCUCCUUCUUAUCAACAGGUUCCACUCAUUCAGAGUGUAGCCAAAUUUGGUGUAGCAAAGACUGCUAUCAAUGUCCAGGCUGCCCAAGCAAUGAGGCGGCAAGCAUGGGUACCUACUGUGAUGACUGGGGGGAGUAUGACAAAGUUUUCUCCAAUCACUUCCACCAGAAGCCCAGCCAUCGGAACAAUGGAAACGGUCCAGAAAUAUUCUGUGGAAAAUACCCCAAUCUGCUUCUCCCGCUGUAGCUCGCUGUCCUCCCUCUCUUCAGGUGAUGGAGCUCUGGAUGGACAAAGCGAGAAUGAGCUGGAGAGUGACUCGUCAUUGGAAAUAAUUGAAGUGGAAGAUGGAGAAGUGGUGAAGAGAGCUGAAGAGGAUGAAACCUUGGAGGAUCUGAGUGACAGCCAGCUGCUGAUGACUGACUCAAAAACCUUUCCCAGCAAAGAGACAAAUCCCAUUGAGAUCCCCUGUCCUGCUAAAAGGGAAAAAGUGUUUCUAAGAGGAGCUUCACCGGCCAUACUUGAAGACAGAUCUCCAUCCAGUUCAUCUGAGAACUACAUCCAUGAGACGCCCCUGGUAAUGAGUCGCUGUAGCUCAGUCAGUUCACUGGGCAGCUUUGAGUCUCCUUCAAUUGCCAGCUCAAUUCAAAGUGACCCAUGUAGUGAGAUGAUUGAUGGAACAAUAAGCCCUAGUGAUCUUCCUGAUAGCCCAGGGCAAACCAUGCCUCCCAGUCGAAGUAAAACUCCAUGUUGUGUUGAGCCCAAUGGGCCAGAAACACAGACGACAGGAAUAGCAGGACAAUGGGAAAGCAGUCUGCGGAAGUUCUUGGAGAUCCCAGACUCUAAGGAGAGGUUUAAUCUUCCUCCUGAUUUGGAUACAAUGAUCUACUUCACUGUGGAAAAGCCCACUGAGAACUUCUCUUGUGCUUCCAGUUUAAGUGCUCUACCUCUACACGAGCACUACAUACAAAAAGAUGUGGAGCUUAAAUUAACCCCCCUCCUUCAACAAAAUGACAACCCUGAGGAAGAUGACCAAGGACCCGACAACGGGGAGCGAUACAGUGAGGGUAACUCAGAUGAUGACAUAGAAAUCUUAAAGGAAUGCAUCAACUCAGCAAUGCCAUCUAAGUUGAGAAAAGUAAGACCUUGCCUGAUGACCACCAUCCCUCCUCAUAUUCUCAAUUCCCAGGCCCGAAAACCAAUUCAUCUUCCAGUUUACAUGAUGCUUCCAAAUGGCAAAACCCAAAUGUGUCCUGGGAGAAGGAUUGUCAUCCCUCAAAAAGACUUCAAAUUUGAUGAUUCAUCUUUUACUGAUUCUGCAGAAGGAACACCUGUCAACUUCUCUAGCACGACAUCUCUGAGUGAUGAAACACUGCAGUAUCCAGUAAGGGAGAGGGGGGCUAAAGACUGCACGGCUAAAGGUAUGAACAAACAGGACGAUGAGGCAAAGAGGAUCGAAGACUUGAGGAUAUUCUCGCAUUUCCACAAACCGAACCGGAUGAACUACCCACCUGAGACACAAAUGACCAGAACAACCAGACAUGUCAUUCCCACUCAGAGGGUGCUGAUGCAGAGCAAAGAGGUAGCUGAUAGAGUGGCAAACCAGAAAAAUCGUGAACAAUCUCCUAAUCAACAAAGAAGGCGGCAAAAUCAAGGCCCCAUUAGGAAACUGGAACUGCCUGUCAUCAAGCAAAACACAGAAAAUAACCUCAAUGUGGGCUCACACAAAGGAAAUACAAUGUACCGACAAAUGACACACUCUUCAGAGGACAGCAAUGGCCUCUAUGACAAUGAAAAUGAAGAAAUCACGAGUCGAAAACAUAUCAGGGAAGCGAGCAGAAAUACUCUUUCCCGAAGCAUGAUAAAUAUUGGCUGGACAGAUAAUUCCCAACCAAAGCCCAGAGGGUUUCACAGGAUAAAACAGAGUAUGAUAAAAGACGAAUCAGCAGCUUGUUACUCACUCAGCUCCUCUCUCAGUUCGCUGAGCGAUGCUGAAUAUGAUGACCAUAAAUCAAAGGCCCAACAAAUGUGGUACAAGAACAGACAUAAUAAAGCAGUGAACAUGGCACAGCAAACAAAGCCAGUGAACAUUCACUGCCAAUACGAAGAGCAAAGCUCACCAAGCUCUGUCAGCAUGGAUUCAGAGGAUGACCUCCUUCAGAAGUGCAUAACAUCUGCCAUGCCCAAGCAAAGAAGGAAGUUGGCUGCCAGAAAAAAGAAAGAAAAUACUCAAAAACAAAAACAAAAGGCUUCUGAUGGGUGGGACAUGGAUGAGGAAAUUGAUAGUGAUGAUAUGGCGUGGGAUAAAGAGUCAGACCUCAACAGUGUUGAAUGGAGAGCCAUACAAGAAGGUGCUAACUGUGUGGUCACUGGGCUACAGGCUUCAAAGUCUCAAGAGCCAUCCUCUGAAGAGACUGAGUCAGUCUUGUCAUUCAUGUCAGCAUCAAGCUUUACACCCAAAGAAAGGAAGUUUGCUAAGGACAAAAAGGCAAAUAAACCUUUAGACUUUGCACAGCGCAAACCAGUUCCAAACUUACCAGUGGUUUUCAGAGGCAGGACGGUGAUCUAUACUCCAAAAAAAGAGACCGCUCCCUCACAAAGACCACCUCCCAGGAAAAUGCCAACCAAAACAGAUGCUCCAAAGAACCCGAACCUCGCGCAGCACAGAUCAAAGAGCCUUCAUCGGCUAGGCCACCCCCAGGAUAUGGAGCUGUCUUUGCCAAAGAGGAGCUCUACCCCACCUCCAAGAAUACCAAAAAGUUCAUCCUCUGGAUCAUCACAGAGCUCGACACCAUCCAAACAGUCACAGAGGAAAAUAACUUCCCCAGCUCAGACAAAUAAACCUAUCCCGAAAAAGAACACUACACCAGCUAGUAGCCCACCAGCUACUAGUCCUCCUGAAAGAAAGGGACGCUCUCCUGUGGUGAACCAGAAUGAGAAAUCCCCGCCACCGAAAACUCAGAAGUCUCCUGUCCGAAUUCCUUUCAUGCAAAACUCAGUCAGGCAACCCAGACCACUGUCCCCACUGGUAACAAACCAAACAAACCAGGUCAGUGGGAAAAGGGUGGUACCAGCCAAUCGGUUUGACCUCGUCAGGAUGACUUCUGUCCAUUCAAGUGGCAGUGAGUCUGAUCGUAAUGGAUUCUUGAGACAGCUGACUUUCAUCAAGGAAUCAAAGACUGUGCUGAGACGUGACAGCUCUGCUCGCAACACACCAGGAUCUCAGAACGGAUCACCUCGCAGAGCAGUUCCUGGAGCUUCAGCUGUCUUCCUGUGCUCAUCACGGUGUCAGGAACUUAAGGCUGCUGUGCAAACCCCAAGAAGGGUGCAAGUAAAAGAUCCAGAACAAAAACAGCAAAUUCAGAGGGCAAACCCUGGCCUUCAGAAGCAGACAACAGCUCUAUCAAGGGCAACGUCCAGUGAAAGGGACCUAUCUGCAAGACGCCCAGCCAGGAGAACAAGCUCUGAAAGCCCCUGCAGAGUGGCUCAGCGAAACGGUCCUGGAAGAGUUUCCGGACUCAGGCAGCAGCAAGAUAAAGAUACCUUUAAACGUCAUGCCUCAUCACCAAGCAUAAACAUACUGAGCCGAGUGACCAGUCGUUCUUCCCUGCGCUCUUCAUCGUCUGAUUCAAGUGGAAGAGCAAAGAGUGAGGAUGAUACCAAGAAGAAAGGGCAGAGGUCCACUUCUCGGCUAAAAGAUGGAGUUACCUGGAGGAGGAUCAGGGAUGAAGAUGUACCUCAAAUCUUGAAAAGCACUCUGCCAGCCAAUGCAUUACCUCUGGUGCCUUCUCCUGAUGGAGAAAAGCCAAAGCCACCAGCUCUUCCAGGAAAACUGCCAACCAUUCUAAUUGCGUCCCGCAAGACAAGUGAUGCAACAGUCCAGACAGAAGAUUUAUCAAAUAAGAUCCAUUCAAGCACCUCACCUACAGUCGAAACAGCUCCAGUGAUCUCUGAGGAAGUAGCAAGACUGGCCCUCCUCAGAAAGAUUAGUGCCACCUCUGGGAGUAACCUCCAGGAAGGGGAUUCAGAAGGCUCUUUGAGGAGCACCGUCUCCACUGGAACAGCAGAUAGCCACGUGGGCGGAGUUGUCACUUUCCGACAAGGAUCCCCAAGCAAGGCUGCACGAGUCACUCCGUUUAAUUACAUCCCCAGCCCCAUGGCCUGCUGUCUACAAGACAGCCAAAGCCAAGUAGGGACAAUAAAUGAGAAGUCAGCGGGAAAAAGUGAGUCAUAGGACAUUUGAUGGAUUACUGGUUGACACAGAUGACUCAGCACUCAGAUGGACAGAUGAGGAGUGUGCUGGUCCCUAUACCUCGGGUAUUGACCCUUUCUCAUUCACUGAAAUCAAGUUUUUCUCUUUGAGCAAUUGAUUAUAGCUUCCAUCUACCAUUCAUACAGAGUUGGAUGUAUGCAUUGGGACAGGUCUGACAUGAACAGACCACCAAUAACUGUCAGAGAUGCACUUCAAAGGAAAAUCUCACUUGAAGAGGAAGUGUGUCUUUUUGUACUCUUUUUGUAUUUGUAGAGUAAUCAUUACCUGGUAGAAAUGAGAAAUUUCAGCACAUAUAUCGUCAGUCUCCUGGACACAGUUGAUUAAAAAAGAACAAUAUUAUGCAAACUUUUGAAUGAUCUCUCAGCUGGACUUCGACCUGAAAAGGUACAAAUUGUGGCAGACUGUUGACAGUUACUACUGACAUAAAUACACUAACAUGUAAAGUAUUUUUUACAUAAACACAUCAUUGCUUGGAGCCCUGCUUUCAUACUCAACUGAAUAUGUUAGCUUUUCCUGUUACAUAUGGAGCCCAAAAGUUUUCCCCCCCAAACCUCUGUCCUCUAUCAAUAUUACACUUGUACUGCUGUGAAUUUUCUUAUUUUAUUGACUUACUGAUAUGUGGAUACACUUUAUGGAUGUUUUUUGACAACUCAACACAUUUUUGUGUUAUCAAAGACAUCCUUUGUAGUGUGUUAAAUGAUAAAAAUGUAACUAGUACAAAACUGAAUAAUCUGGGUACCAAAAAGGAAGUGAAAAUGACUAAGUUGAGGGGUCGAUGGCUUGAUGUUAGAAUGUCAAUAUACAAGGUGUGACCAAAAAGUUCUGAGAUAAGAUCCAUAAAGAAAUCAAAAAACUUGAUUUAUAAUUGGUCAUUCUCACAUUCAAGGUCACCACAGUGUGGAUCUCUGAAUCAUUUUCUCUGCAGCUGCUGUUUUUAGAUCUCUGUCCUGCUUUGGUCCUCUUGCACUUCUGGGUCUCUUCUACUGUGUGUCAAAAUGUUGAUGCUUCAAGUGGACAAAGUUGCAGGGGGGAAAUCUGGCAGUCCAGGUGGUGCACAUCAAAAGUACAGUGUUUUGUGUUCAGGCCAUUUCCUCUGGAUGUUCUCCUUCAGGCACCUCAGUCUCACCAAGAGGGACAAAUUCACUAAAAUGACCAACAAUCCAGUCUCACUCGUCAGUGAUGCGGUGCCCUCGGGCUUGGAAACUGUGAAUUCUCCCAGUGAAAACCGCUCAGCUGCAGCCAGAGUUCCAGUCACCAGCGAUAAAGCUGAUGUUUGCUCUUUGCACAAGUUUGAGGUCUGCGGCGAGCGCACCACGUGUACAGUGCAAAAGGUCAGGAAAGGAUUUCCAGAGUCAUCAAAAAACAAAAGUCACACUGGAAGCUAUCUGAACAUGCCAGAAAAGAUGAGCUUGAACAGAAAAUCAGAAAAUGUUGAUUUUUUUUUCCUAUGGCCCUGUCCUCAGAACUUUUUGUUCACACCUUAAACAUCCACCAAGCAUUUUUUUUUUGUCCAAUGUGGCACAAUCCAACAGCUAUACCAUACAUUUUCAGUUUUUGUUGACAUCAUCACAAAGGUGAUAAUUAUGUUUGUUUCAGGUGAAAUAUUGGUUAUUCAUCCUUAUAUUUUGCCUGGACAAAAUAUAAGAAGCAUCCACUAUGGCCUUGACAAUAAACAACAGAAUUACCACCUUUCUGACAAUCUGUUAGCUUCGUAAAAGCAGAUGGCGUGCCCGAGCUGUUGAGUCAAAUUGCACAUGUGCCUAAAAAGUGCUUAGUGAGUGUAUGUUGUUUUUACUUUACAGUGAUGAAUUAUAAAAGUUUAAAGUGAGGAUUUCCAUAAAACAGUUCUACACUGUCAUUUGAAAAUCGCAAUGACCCAAACAAGCAGAAAUAUUACAGCAUCUUCCAGAGAAAGUGUUCCAGCGUCAGCUGUUUCUGAACCAUUUCACCCUUUUCAGAACUCUUAAUGUGUCUUAAUCCGUAUUGUAAAUAACAUGCAGAUAAUCUAAAGCUCCAUGGUGGGUAGAAGAGCCUCGGUGUCACUCCCUGACAGCAUGCUAAUAUAUUCACUGACUGUAUACACACACCUGCUAACAUUGUGGACACUGAGUAAUAUUUCAGUGUUAAUAUACUCUCCAAAGCCCGACAACAGCGUUAUCUGGCAUCUGUAUUGUUGUGCUGCAGAAAUCUAUAAAGAUAUAAGCCGUCAGCAUAGAUGAGCAGAGCGACCUCAUGACCUCUGACGUUAUAUUUGUGUUUGCUACUAGAUUCAGGUACUGUUUGCUAUUUCACUGAUGGUCGGGCUUUGAGUGGACAGAUGUGCGUUCUCACAGAAGUUUUCUUCUGGAAGUCUUUAUAACGUGUUAAUAUCUGCUUAACUGUGUUGCUGUAAAAGUAGUGAUAGGUGGAAAUGAAUACAAAGAUGAUGAAUAUUCUCUGUAAUUGUACCAUCACUCUUUCAUGUGUGCCCACGGAGCUAAAUGGGAUGAAAGUUAAUCUACACUAUGGGGCUGUUAAUU